AUGGAUAUCGCGGACCUCACGGCGCCCUCCUCCCCGGCCCCCGAGGAGCCCGUCGCCGGACCCUCCGCGCCAGCACCUCGUAAACCGACCCGCAAGGCCAAACCAAAGGCCGAGCAUACGACCGCUUAUACGACGGCAUUCGUGCCCUCCCUCUUCAACAUUCGUAAUCCCGUCGGCGACUUCUUGCAGAAAGAGAGUAACGUCGAGGUUCGGCGGCAGAUCGUGCUUGCUCGGCGGAAGGAGCAGGAGGCGGAGAAGGAGAAGGUAAAAGACGAUGAGGCGAAAGGAGAUGGGGAGGGAGAGGCGAAUGGCAACGGUAACGGCAAUGGGAAUGAGGAUGGCGUCGUCCUCACGGCUAAGGAGGAGGAGGAGAAGCGGAAGGAGGAGCAACAAACCCGCCUCAGCCGCAUCCUCGUCAUCCAUCCCGGCUCACGGAAUCUGCGCCUCGGCCGCGCAUCCGACUUCUACCCUCACGAAGUGCCGAACUGCAUUGCGCGCGCGGCCGACGCGCCAGGUGGCCACGACCCACCAGUACUAGGGAAGCGUGCGGCCGACGUGGACGACAACAUCGGCCACCUGCGCGAGUACCUGCGCAACAAGCUGCGCGUGAACAAGCUUGUGACGGAUGCGCGAGACGGCGCGCGUGUGAACGCCGCCAACGCGAAGGCCAAACCCGAGACGAUUCCGGAACACAACGACCCCUACCGCGUCGACUGGACUGAGGUUGACGGUCGUCCCUUUGUCGUUGGGACUGAAGCGCAGCGGCUCGCAGACAGCGCGGGUUUCCGGGUCCGAUAUCCCAUCCACCAGCGGGGGUUCAAUGGGCGUGACUGGGAUAGCCUCCAGCUGUUAAUUGACGAUAUCACCCUCAUCUUACAGGAGAGCCUGCGGACUGAACUCGACAUCCGGCCUAAGGACUACAAGAACUACAGCGUCGUGCUUGUAGUCCCGGACUUUGGGAACCGGGUUUACGUCGAGCGAAUGACGGACGUAAUUCUCAACAUUAUGGGGUUCAAGGAGAUUGCAAUCCACCAGGAGAGCUACUGCGCCAUCUUUAGCGCGGGGAUGAGCAGCGCGUGCGUGGUAGAUAUCGGCGCGCAGACGAGUUCCGUCACUCUGGUGGAGGAGGGCGUGGUCAACCCCGACACGCGGAUGCGCCUGUCGUACGGCGGAGACGACGUGACAGUCGCUCUGUCGGCACUUCUCCAGCGCGCAAGCUUUCCCUACAAGAACCUGGACCUGGCCCGCACGCAGGACUGGAUAAUGAUGGACAAUCUCAAGAUCAAGCUGGCUACACUCGAGGAACACCUCGUCGCCAAUACCCCUUGGGACCUAUACGUCGUCCCCGAAAAGGGUCUCACGAACAAGUACCUCCUUCGGACGUAUGAUGAAAACGUCCUCGCUCCACUGUGUUGGUUCGACACGCGCAUGAUCGACUUUGAGACCAAGCGCGAGGUGAGCUUCACCGCCGUCAACCCCAAUGUUAGCGAUAUGAUCAAGAGCCCCUAUGGCGAACCGACGGUGGCCAUGCGCGCAUGUACCACCCACCUCCUCCCAUCCGCGCCAGAGAUCAAGGACGCCGUUAGUACGGGGAGCACGCCCGCACCACAGGCGACCGCGCCUGUGAGUCCAUUGGGCAAGAGCGGCCCGCCAACGCCGGCGCCCGGGGAGAAGAGCGCCACGCCUGCACCGGCAACCCUCGCCCCGGCAACCGCUAUGCAGUCGAUGGCGGCCACGCCCGCCCCCGACGCCGAGGGUGACGACACUCCUUCCUUCGAUGUUGUGUUCGAGGCGUCCAAAACGCCGCUGGACGGCGCCAUCGCCGCCUCGAUCAGCGCCGCCUCGUCCGAGAACAGGGUGCGCACGGCUGCCAGUUCGAUCUUACUCGUGGGUGGCGGGAGCGCGCUCAAGGGUCUCGCGCCAUUCAUCGCCGACCGCCUGCCCGCCCUCCUCAGACAACGGGGGUAUCCUAUCGACCACGUUUCGAUCGUGCCGCCACCACGCGGACUGAACCCCCGCUUCAUGAGCUGGAAGGGUGCGAGUGUCAUGUGCAACCUCAAUCUUCCCGACAUGUGGAUAGGGCGCGACGAGGUCGAGGAGCUCGGUGCGCGCAUGCUCAAGGACCACCUAUCGUUCCUGUAG